CGCUCUUCGCCGUUUGAUAUUGAUAUCUAUCCGAUUUACUUGCCAUAUACCACUCAACAGCAUACAGCAGACACUAUCCAUGGCAUCCAUCCCCCCUCGCCCAAAGCCAUGGGAGUCAUCCUCCCCAGUCGCAGGUCCCAGCAAAUCCGCAGCCUCUCAGCCCUCGGCCUUUGAUACUGCUAUUCAGACCUCGACGUCGAACAGUGUGUCCAACGCACCCGCGUUGCCUGAGAAACCCACUGGACUGGGCUCAAGUGCAGCUUAUGGGGGAUACUCUUCUUCAAUGCAGCCAUAUUCGCAACGAUAUAAUGGGAGCUAUGGGAUGUCGCCAUAUAAUAACAUGAGCGGCUAUGGAAGCUAUGGAGGAUACGGGGCUAUGGGUGGGAUGAACCGGUUCGGUGGGGGUUAUGGUGGUUAUAAUUACGGGAUGGGAGGUUAUGGGGUAGGUGGCAUGGGAGGGCCGGGAGAGGGAUACCCUACCCUCGCAUCUUCACUCCAAGCUUCCACCGCCCCAGCUUUUGCAGUAGUAGAAUCCCUUGUUACAGCAUUCACUUCACUGGCUCAACUGGUCGAGUCCACAUACUUGGCCACCCAUUCAUCCUUUUUCGCCAUGGUUGGGGUGGCAGAUCAGCUCGGCUCUCUUAAAACUUAUCUAGGUCAAGUGCUCGGAGUCUUUUCAAUCUUAAGGCUAGGACGGAAGAUUUUAUCGUGGCUCAAAGGGAAAAAAGUCAAGACAGGUCCUUGGGGGGAAGAAUGGGACCGGAUUGGUUCCUCUGGUCUACCGCCAAACGGUCAAGGUGGCCGUCCAAGUAUCAAGCCAUUAGUUAUCUUCUUGCUUUCUGCUUUGGGGCUCCCGUACUUGAUGUCACGACUUGUGAAAGUGCUUGUCGCCCAUCAGACCAAUCAAAAAUCUAUUCUUUCACCUGAUGGAACGAUUGACCCCACCAAGUUAGAAUUUGUGAGGGCCAAAUGGGAAUUUACGCCCACGGAGGAGUGGGAACUAGGGUUAGGACGGGACGAAAUAGUAGCUGUAUUAGAAAAAAGGGGUGAGGGAAUGAAUAGUUGGUGGAGAGGGAGAACCAGGGACGGAAGGACAGGGUGGUUUCCUGCAAACUAUGUUGAGGUCAUUAGGAGGGACACAAGGUCAGCGACUGAUAAACGAUAGGAUAAAUCAAUAAGAUGGGGAUGUCACCCAGCAUUUCCCAUUUUCCUUCACCAGUCCAUUCUCUCGCAGCCUUCAUGGUGCAAGGCUUGGCAAUUAUUUACUAGGGGUUGCAUUAUAGACAGUAACAAUCCACGAUCCAAUACGCAUGUAGGCAUGUAUACUAUGUACC